AUGGCAAACCAGGCAAUUCUUCGGAUUGGGCGGGAAAUAAGCCAGCUACAGCAAGGGUCAGAUUUAUCCUUGGCUGUAGCUUGCAAGGAAGAGGACAUUCAAAAUAUUAAAGCCUUAAUCAUCGGCCCUGCCGAGACACCAUAUGAAUUUGGGUUUUUUGAGUUCGAUAUUAAAUUUCCCAAGGAAUACCCCGCAAGCCCUCCCAAAGUAGAAUCUGUGACUACAAACGGGGGGCGAACCCGCUUCAAUCCGAAUAUCUAUGCCUGCGGCAAAGUUUGUCUAUCCACCUUAGGAACCUGGCGUGGUGAGAGUGGCGAGCAGUGGUCAUCAGCACAGGGCCUAGAAUCUAUUUUGAUUUCAAUCCAAAGUCUGAUGUCAUCAAAUCCAUAUGAAAAUGAGCCUGGAUACGAGGAUGCGAAAGGCGAGGCAGAUUUGAAAGCAAUGGCGAAAUACGUUGAAAAGAUCUAUCACGAAACCCUACGUAUCACUGUUAUACAACGCCUUGAAGACGCCUUGGGGAUCCAGGCAGAUGGAGCUGUGAUUCCACCCUCUCGCAGCUUUUCUGAUUCCGACGAGGACGAAGAUGCAAACCCACCUUUUGAGCCUUUCCAUGAUUUAUGCAAGAGGCGAUUCCUCUGGUACUACGACUCUUACAUGAACAUCAUAAAGGAGCAAGAGGCCAAUCAUCCCGUUGGCUCCCGCUUUGAGAGAAUGCCUUUCGAAGUCGGUGGCAAUUCAAUGGAUGGGCGCUAUAAUUAUCCACAGAUGAAACAGCGAGUGGAGCUGAUUAAGGACGCUAUUAUGCAGGAAACUCAUGGCUGGGUUGCCGAGGGACUGAAGGCUAAAGCCAAUGAUACCAGAAUAUCAGUUAGCCUUCAACGACAGUACGAGCAAAUUAUGGAGGACCUGAAGUUAAAGAAAAAUUUCACCUUUGACAUUUCCCUCGAUGAUGGCAAUCCUUUCGUCUGGCAGCUGACCUUCUUCGGCCGACCCAUGACUCACAUGGACGGUGGCAUUUUUCGUAUCAAAAUCUGCCUUAGCCCACACUUCCCUGAAGAGCAACCUCGCGCUUUCGUGCAAACUUCUAUCUUCCACCGUCGGGUUUCACAAGCUGGUGUCCUUUGCUAUUCCUCUAAGAAGCUAGAAGAUAUGAGGUCGCAUGUUGAAGCAAUUGUGGCUGCUUUAGAAGACGAGUCGCCGACAUAUGACCCACGCGCGACGGUUAAUCCAGAGGCAUCAAAGCUGUUUUGGGGCUCAGCAGAACAGAAAAAGCAGUAUAAUCGUUUGCUAAGACGAUCAGCACAACGUAGUAUUGAGUAA